AAAAAUUCGCAAGAGUCGGUUGUUUUUUAUGAAACAUUUAUAUAUCUAAUAUAUUAAGAAGUUAUAACAUCAUUAUAAACAAAUCAAAUUUAAAUUACACAUAACGUAUAAACAUACAUAUAGUAUACAUUAGUAUAUUUGCGUAUAGAUUAUCACAUCUUAUUUAUGAGGAUAUUAAUUUUAACAUAGUUUAUAUACACAAAGAAUUUACACCAUUAAGAGCACUCUGCGAGAACUACAAAAAUAACAGAAAAAUAUAAAAAGAAACAACAAUAUAUAUAUAAGAGACAAAAAUAGUAGAGAAAGCGCCAUCUGAAAUCAUCUGACAAGAACGACAUUAUUAUCCAUUAGAAUAUAAUAAUAUAUACGUUACACACACAUUAUAUACAAAAAAGAAAUAUAUAUUCAAAAAAUAAACAUUAUGAAGAACGGUUUUGUCACAGAUGUUUUCUAUUUCCGGUUCAACGAGAACAAAACUAAACAAAAACAGAAAAAACAUUUAACAUUUACUGUUUUUACCACUUUAAUAUUCACAAUAGCAAUAGCUACUUUAUUACCAAUAGUUUACAGUAUGCCAGAUAAUGAAAUUGAAUUGCCCAAGGAUAUUAGUAAUGAUUUUAAAAAUGGACUUGUAAAAGCGGACAACUUUUUAACAACUGGUUUCAUACAUGAUAAUAAAAAUUAUAAUAAUGAUGACAAUAAUACUAAACACAUUCAUCGUAGAAAAGGAGGUAAACAUCAUCAUAAGAAACUACAUUCAAAAAAGGCUACAAAAGUUGAAUACAAAGAAGAACACAAUAAUAAUUCCAAUAUAAAUCAAUCACCUCGGAAAUAUAAAUAUGUUGAACAAAGUGGAAAUAAAUUUGAUUAUUAUCCAAUUGAACCAGUCAAUAUAAGCUAUGAUCCAAAAGAAGAUGAAAAGAUUAGAUUCGUUUUAAUAACUGGUAAUGAUGAUGAGAAAAAAAUUACAAAUGAAAAUAAGAAAAAACGUAGAAGACAUAAACGUGAUGUGUCUGAUUUCAAUGAAAAAACCUUAAGAACAAAACGUAAUCCUAUAUUACCUUUGGUUAUACUUAAUCCUCUCAAUCAUAUAGCAACAGUAGAUGACAUAAAUAAUAAAAUUAAUGAAGUCCCAUCAAUAAAAUACGCUAUUCCUGGCUUAUAUUACAAUGCUAUUACACCACAAAAACCCAGAGAACCUACAUUUACUAGUACACGAAUUAUUGAUGGACCUGUUUGGGAUAGAAGACCAAUAAAGAGGAUACAUGAUAAAGAUGUACGAACUGAUGGUUCAAGUUCACCAAAUUCAAUUAAUCCUGGAUUUUCGCCACCCGGCAUUUUAGUGCCAAUCAAAAACCCGAAUACACCGUCACAAUCAAGUACUUCUGUAGGAACAGGUGCCCCACCAGCUGUUGCACAAAAUGAAAACACUGGUCCAUCAAAUUGUAUUUGGGCCAUAGUUAAUUGCUGUUCAAAGAGUAAUACAACAAUACGUUAUGGAUGUUUUGAACAAAUUGGUUGUGUUGGUGCAUUUUGGGAUUUUAACCCUUGUGGUGAUAAUUGGCAACGAAAAGCUGUAGAAGAAGCUGAAAAAUUCUUUGAUGAAGAUGAUACAGAUUAUUAGCUAUUAGAUUUAAAAUUAAUUAAUUACGAUUUGAAUAAUUUUUUUUUUCCUGUGUAAAUUAUAAUGAAAACUAUUUUUAAGCUUUUGCUUUAAACUUAUUUGAAAUAAGAUUAAUAAUAAACGAAAUAGAUAUGUGUAUACAUAAUCUGUAUGUAUGUAUAAUUAUACAAGAAUCUUGUAAAUUAAAAUGAAUUUAUUUUUUUUUUGGGAUCCGACACCAAAUACUUAUGUCACUUUUAAGAUUUUUCU